AUGUCAAGCCAAACGGCCACCACUACCACUACUGCCCAGAACGCAGACGACAAGACGAUCUACAAACUGACAUUCUACUCGCCGCCGGAAACCACGCAGGCGUGUCUAUCGGCCGUGUGGGCCACGGGGGCGGGGACGUGGCCCAACACCCCCACAACCGUGGAUAGUCAGAGCCAGGGCCUGAGCGACGCCAGCGAGAACAACGACGAGCCAGCGAAAUACACCGACACGGCCUUCAUCAGCCGCGGUACGGGGCAAUUCAAGCCGUCAGCGGCGGCGAACCCGCACAUCGGCAGACCAGGGCAGGUCGAGUACGUCGAAGAAGACCGAGUCGAGGUGGUGGUUGUCGGCACGCAGCGGUGCAAAGACGCCGUACGCGAGCUGAGGAAGGCACAUCCGUACGAAGUUGUCGCCUUGUUCGUGGCCAAGUGCGAGGAUUUUUGA